CCUGCAAAUAUUUUAUGACUUUCAUGAAUCAACUCAACAUGGAUUCCACCAAAAUCUCUUCUCUUCUUCUCAUUUGCAUGCUUUUCAUUUCCUCUGCCACUCCGAUUCUUGCCCGUGCUUCCUGUCGCCAUGCACAUCACAAGCAUAAACGCCGUAUUGUUAAACCCCCAAUCCAUUUGCCACCAGUCAAUGUCCCUCCGGUCAUUCUUCCUCCUGUUGUAAAACCACCCGUUACACUCCCUCCGGUUGUCAAGCCACGGAUUACACUUCCUCCUGUAACUGUUCCUCCGGUGGUGAAGCCACCCGUUGAACUCCCUCCAGUUGUAAAACCUCCAAUUACACUUCCUCCAGUGAAGCCACCAGUUGAACUCCCUCCAGUUGUUAAACCACCAAUUACACUUCCUCCAGUUGAACUUCCUCCAGCAGUGAAACCACCCUUUACACUUCCUCCGGUGAGUGUUCCUCCAGUGAAGCCACCAGUUGAACUCCCUCCAGUUGUAAAACCACCAAUUACACUUCCUCCAGUUGAACUACCUCCAGCAGUAAAACCACCAAUUACACUUCCUCCAGCUCUAAAACCACCAAUUACACUCCCCCCAGUGAAGCCACCAGUUGAACUCCCUCCAGUUUUAAAACCACCAAUUACACUUCCUCCAGUUGAACUUCCUCCAGCUCUAAAACCACCAAUUACACUUCCUCCGGCUCUAAAACCACCAAUUACACUUCCUCCAGUGAAGUCACCAGUUGAACUUCCUCCAGUUGUAAAACCACCAAUUACACUUCCUCCGGUUACUGUUCCUCCAGUCACGGUCCCUCCGGUGACCGUUCCUCCAGUCACGGUCCCUCCGGUGACCGUUCCUCCUGUACUGAAGCCACCAGUUGAACUCCCUCCUGUAAAGCUACCAAUUAACCUCCCUCCAGUGACACUUCCUCCGGUGACAGUGCCACCAAUCACUAACCCACCAAAUGGAAUACCCUGCCCAACUCCACCAACAAGCAAGGCCACAUGUCCAAUCGACACACUGAAACUGGGAGCUUGUGUGGACCUGCUAGGAGGGGCAGUACACGUUGGUGUUGGUGACCCAGCUGUGAAUGCAUGCUGCCCGCUCCUACAUGGACUUGUUGAAAUUGAAGCUGCUGCCUGCUUGUGCACCACCCUCAAGCUCAAACUCCUCAAUCUCAAAAAUUAUGUCCCAAUUGCUCUUCAGCUCCUCGUCACCUGUGGGAAAACUCCCCCUCCCGGUUACACUUGCUCUCUCUAGAUCCGAGUAAUAACUCUUGAAGGUUGGAAGAUUCAUGGACUCCUGAUCCUUUCACUCUUAUAAGUCGAAUUGGAAAUUUCUGCUGCCUAUGCUCUUAUUUGUAAUACCAAUUCUUUUUAGUUAUUUUUAAAAAGUAUUGCGAGUGUGUUUAUUAAAUAAUCAUUGUUAUUUCGCAUCGUUAUCAGUCAAUUUGAGAUUUUUUUUUCUUGUAAUUUUAUUUUCAAGUUGAAUCUUU